UUAUUUCACACAACCCAGUCAUAAAUCUAACACUUUACAAAAAAAUCUCCGAGGGUAUACAUAGUGAUUUUGGAAAUGGGGAAAGAAUAAGGCGAAGCAAUGACGGAAAAAGAAAAACUGUCGUCUCCCUUUUCCAUAGAGAAUCUCCUUUCGAAGACAGCGGUGGAAAAGAGGACCCAGAGAGAAGAUGCUCCAAACGAGAAAAACAACAGCCAUUUGCAGUCGCUCAAGAGGAAAUAUAUUCAAGAGUUCACGGCAGGUGAAAGUUCGGACACAGAUGAAGAAAGUCCCAAUUCAAAUGGGCGUUCACACGAAUGGAAGAAAAAUCCAAUGAAACUGGAGCGCUGCACAGAGAAACAAAAAGUUAACGGGUCUUUAAAUAAAACAGAGGAAAUAGAAACUCAGAAAAAUCGCAAGAAAACAAGAACUGUGUUUUCACGUCACCAGAUAUUUUAUCUGGAAUCUGCCUUUGACGCCAAGAGAUACCUAUCGAGCACCGAACGUUCCGAAAUUGCAUCAACCCUCAAUCUGACGGAAACUCAAGUCAAAGUGUGGUUUCAAAACAGACGUAAUAAAUGGAAAUCCCAACUUGCCAGUGAUCCGAGUAUUUCAGCCGAACGCCUCCCUGUGUUACCCUAUGGCGGAAGAUUUUCAUUCCCGCUAGGAACUUUCGGAAACCCUUUAUAUCCACCUUUAUUUUAUCUAUGAACUCUUUUCGUUAUCAAUGAGUCUAAAUAAAGUUAUUUUUCCGGUG